CCAGUGUAGCCACUAGGGUGCUGUCUUGCUAAAGAAGAGAUCCCAACGCAACCGAAGCGAGCGGAAAUCACUUCCCCUGAUGCCCUGGUCAACCAAUGGAUGUGUGUAAAGAGUUAACCCAUCUCUCCAGUAGCAUCACAGCUGCAGGACCUGAAUGUGGACAGGGGCUGUCAUUACCCGAUCUUUAUAUGUCUGAUGGAAAUGUCUUCCUGCAGUUGCUUGAAUUUAAAGCACACCUGCUUGAGGUAGUAGAGGAGCUGCACAUUCGAAGGGAUGCAGACAAACGCUUUGAGGAACAGAUUACUAAGCUUGUUCUGGAGAAGCAGGAGCUGGAAUGGGAGAAGGAAUCUUUACAACAUCAAAUGGGAUCAGAGAAAAAUCAGUAUGCAGAGUCGCUCUCCAAGGCCAACAAACAAAGCAGAUACCAGCUAAGUGCAGAGCAGAAAGAAAAAAACAUUCACAACUUGAAGGAAGAGCUGAAGUCUCUGCAGUUAACAAAGUACAACUUGGAAAAGAAAUCAAGUGAGCUGGAACAAAAACUUGCCUUGCAGAGUCGAUCAAAAGAUAGCCGCCUAAACCAACUUUCAGAGGUGGAGAAAAGAUUUAGUGCUCUGGCCAGACAGUGUUCUAUGGUCAAACAGGCUCAUGAUAAACUUGAACAGAAUGUUGAUGAAGCAGUGAAGCUUAAUAAAAAGCUCACUUCUACCAAUGAAAAACAAGAAGUCAACAUUGCAUCACUUAACAAGGAAGUAGAAGAGCUUAGAAAUAAGUUGGUCAAGACCAAGAUGGCCUUUGUGAAUCCUGACAAAAGAAAAGAUAACCUUUCAAUAAAAGUGCAAACAUUAAAUCAUCUGCAUCAAAAGCUGAACAUGGAAUGUGAAAUGAACAGGAAAUUUAAAGAUGAAAACAAAGCUCUACAAGCUGAAAAACAAGAGGUGUUGACAUCUUUGCAGCUUGCUCAUCAGCUAUUGUCAAAACAGACACAGACACUAAGUCAACUUGAACUGGAUUUAGAGACUCAAAGAAAGCAGUACCAGAGCCUUAAGCAAGACCACAAGGCAAUGCAAGUGAAAGAGAAAACAGUGGAAGAGAAGAUAAAACAACUAAUGGAGGAGUACAGUGUUUCCAAAAGCAACUGGGACAAAGAGAAAGCUGGAUUUUUAAAUCAGAUAAAUAAUGAGCAACAAGAACUUAUGACAGUCAAAGAGGCCUACGAGGAGCUCCACCAGAAUCGCAUGGAGCUCUCAUCAAAGGCUAAAGAACAGGCACAACAAAUUCAUGAACUGAAGGUAAAAGUGAAGGAACUGGACCUCACUGUUAUCCCGUCGAAAUCCACUAAAGAGGGAGGCAGCAGUGAGAGUUCAUCAAGGAUUGAAUUGUCCAGCAGUGUGCACACCUUGACUUUGGCCAAAGAUUCAGAUGAACCAAAAGACAAAUGGGUCUCCAUAAUUAGAGGAGGACAAGCUGUGUUCAACAAGGGAUACAUGAGUGAAACAGUCCUUGAAUCAAAAAUAUAUUCUACUAACAACAACAACAACAGUCCAUCUGCAGCUAUCCUCAGUGAAGACAUGACUGAACAUACAAAUAACUGUACCAUGAAUGAGGUCCCAGCUCAUGUGGUAGUGAGUAGUGUAUUCAGAAGUGGUACAGCUCAAACGAACUCCUCAGCAAUAUUAAGCAAUGGAUUCAACUCUGCAAACACAAGUCUAAAGCUCAUCACAGAAAGUUUGUUCCAAGGAGACGAUGGUGCUAUUAACAAAGCCGACAUUGUAGCUAUGGAAGAAAAAAAUGGACAUGAAGACACCAAAGAAAAGAAAGCAGAAGAGUCAGAAAAUUCACUCAAAGAACAAGCUCAAAUGACUGACCUGAACGAAGCAUCAGUUACUGUUGAGGAUGCCAUGGUCGUAACAUUAAAUCUUAUUGCAGAAAGUGUUGAUGAAGAUCAUGCAAGAGGUGAGACAUUUGGUGUAGUAGAGUCAGAGCAGCAGUCACAGAUGACUGAGGAGGAAAAUCAGCUACAUGUGAGUAAAGAUACAAGGAAUAAUACACAAGUUAGUCCCAAUAAACCAAAAAGUGCUUUACAAGGCACAGUGAAUGAAAAAGUCGACCAGGCUCUGCCUAUUCAAGAGACAACAAGACAGGAAGUGUUGCCCGGGGACUUAAUGGAGAGCCAAGUUUGUGAGCCCAUAAAUGAUGUACAAAACGCUAGCCCUCUUGUAGAGUCACCUCCGCUUUCAGUUUGUCAUGAUUUAGAAGAAAACGCAGGAAUUGUGUCCGAGGAAUCCACAACCGCUGAACUUCCCCAAACUCUUAAUAAGUCAAGUUCAUGUCAGUCCCAAAGUGAUGCUGCUCAGCUGGCCAGUGUCAGUGAUCAGGAGACUAUUAAAAUGCAGACACAAACGGUUAGCCCUCCUGACACACCAGGUCACACGGAGGACACAGUUGAUAAAAGUGCUAAAGAAUGCUCUCCAGUAAGUGAAAUGGUCAAACAUGUAAUACAUUUUGUAAGUCAGAAGGAAAUUUUUGAGGAAAAGAAUAACUUGACUGAUUCAGUGAGCAAUAAUCUGACUAAUGAUUGUGAGAAAAAGGGUGAGAACGAGCAAGUGGAUAUUAUGGACAAAUCUACUGUCAAGUGUAAACAGUCUGAUGUUGAUCAAAUGAAUACUGACAUUGUUAUAUCUUGGGAUGAAUUCGGAAGUUCUCAGAAGCUGUCAAAAAUCACUACCAAAGCUACAAUGCACUGGCCAAGAGAAAGUGAUUUAAAAAGUGACUCACCCAUAUCACAAUUUAGCAGUGUGUCUGAAUUCCAGAAGAAUCCCUUAACAAAAGAAGCAAAAAUGAUUGAAUUUGCUGGACCCUUCAAGACCACAUACAAACCACUGUUUCAAUGGGGCUCUGCACAGAGAAGAGCACCGACAUUUAAUGCCAAGUCUGACAUGUUACCUCACAGCGCUCUUUAUAAUACAUCCCAAAUGUCAAAUACUAGUGGCUACAAUGGUAAUUCUUCGAACACAGUUUCUUUGUUCCAUAGAAGCAAACACAACAAAGCCCCCCUGACCAUUACGAGGGCGACAGGCCUGUUGACGGCUUCCAGUGUCUGUGGGACGUCUGCUUCCUCCAGGAGACCCCAGCAGACCGAGUGGAGGACUCUCGCAGAAGCCCACAGAGACACAGCAGAAGGGCAAAUGGAUGGCAGAUUUUCACUGUCUGAAGCCUCCUCAUUGGUCUGUACCUCCUCGGGCACAGUCAGCAGGACACAGACACAGAUCAGAACACUCUCCCCUGAUGCCAGUAGAAGUCCAGAGUCUGAGUUGGGCCUCAGCUGCUCCCAGGGUACAGAGGAGCAGCAGUCCUCGUUCAGGGUGCAGAUCUCCAAAAUCGAACAGUUCCUAAACACAGAAAGGCUGCGACUCCCAAAGAGAAGGAAGACUGAAAACUAA